AAGCUUCCUCAAAAGGAUUCCUCUAAAAGCUAACCAAUAUCUCUUCCUUGUAUUCUUCUUCUCAAGUUUCUAUCAUGGAGGAAACACUGAGAAAACCAGGCUCCUCCUCCAUUGAGAGAACUUGCUUUCAUGGUGGUGAUGAUCAUGAAGAUGAUCACAGUUGUGAUGAAGAGAGUGGCUGGACUAUGUACUUUGAAGAUUUCUUUGCUCAAAGAAACAACAACAAGAGUGACAUUAAUGGUGAAAACAGCUGUUUCUCUUAUGAUAUUGAAACUUCUUCUCUUGUUUCUGAUGCUGCUACUUUGGUUAUGAAGAAGAAAAACAAUUAUUUUUAUAACAAUAAUAAUAAUAAUGGAGAAGCAGCUGAUGCAGCUGUUGGGUUAUCAAUAAAUAGUAGGUUGAGUUUCAAGAAGAGAAAAAACAAAGGAGCUUUGGUUGCUGAUGAUGCUUUGGAGGAUACUGCUAGUUCUCCUGUCAAUAGUCCCAAGAUUUAUGAUCUGAUUAUGAUGAACCAGUUAAACAAGAACACAAAACAGAGAGAAAAAAUGGGUGUUAUUUCAUCAUCACCAUCACUGCAGGAGAAAGAAGGAAGAAAGGCAAUGACAGAGCAGAGAGAAGAGAGAAGAGAGGAUUUGGGUUUAAUUGGGAGAGAAAGUGGCAUCACAGAACUGAAGAAAAGGGGUCUUUGUUUAGUUCCUUUGUCUAUGGUUGUGAAUUAUUUUGGUUGAGUUUUAGAUUUUAUUUCUUUCUCUGUCUCUCCAUCCAUCCAUCCAUGGAUUUAUUGAUGGAACAUUGAAAAUGGCUUUCUGCAAAAAAAAAAAAAAAAUUGUAUAUAUAAUAAGAUUAAGAUCCAUCAUUUUCUGCAGCAGCAGCAUUUGAUA